AUGAGCGCUACCAUCAAGUCAUUCUCCAGCCUUCCGACCAACGUCAAACUCGAAGUUACGCCGGCUCGGUUCGGCACUAUCAACGCUCCUUAUCCAAUUGGCCUCGCCGAGAUCGUUGCAGGGCGCGAUGAGCUUGUUAAUGUCCAAGAGCGCUCAUGGAGCUUAAAGACAUCUUCAGUCUCAACUUCGAUCCUGCCGGGAAAACAGCAACUGACGCAGCGAAGGAAGGACCUCGAGAAGGCCAGGCUUAUCGUUGAGGAGCCCCGCGAAGCAGAGCGCGUCCUCGACUUCAUCAAUAGCACCUUGGCGAGCUCUAGCCACUGCAGAGAGGAAUGA